AUGUCGACUCGCCGCUAUCGUUCGGCUAUUGCGUGUCAAACCUGCCGAGUGCGCAAGGUGCGAUGUAGCGUGUCCAUGACGGGAGUGCCGUGUAUUAGUUGCGAGCAGGACCAAACGGAAUGCAUCCUGAAGCCGCGACAAGGCAAACGCCAUCGGCAGAGCACUACUGUGUUCCCGGCUCCCCGUCACUAUGUUGAAAGCUCGGCGGCAAUGCGGGAUACCGCUAACCAAAGCAAUGCCAAUCCUUCGUCACCGGAUUCUAGUCCGGGGGGUGAAAUUGUACCAUUGCAAGACUCACAAGCGCCGUUGGACACGCCUGAGACCAAAGUUUCAGCUGCGUCCAGUGAGCCAAGUGCCGCUGAUGAGGAACAGCUCGGCGUUGAAAUGGUAGAAGUGGCCCUGGGGCAUCCACGAAGAGAGUGCCAAGUCCCGUACUACAUCGGUGAGCAGACUGGGGGGCCUACAUCAACCAUGCAUAUAUGCACAACCGAUCACCUCAUACCAAAGCAUCUUCUCAUGCCAGCGGCAAAGCCAACCACCUUAACCGAAGAUGAAAAAACCUUCCUCCGCCGUAAAGGCGUCUAUUCAUUUUUAUCAGACACAGCAAGUGAUAGUUUGAUCCGGGCAUAUUUCCACAAUGUCCACCCAAUCAUGCCCAUCUUGGAAGCAGACAAACUCCUGGAAUAUCAUCGCUCUAAACGACUGAAAGAGUAUAACCUUAUACUACUAUGGGGUCUUUAUACUAUUUCUUCCAAUUACGUACCUGCAGAGAUAUACGAGAAUGAAGGUUUUACAUCUCGAAAAGCGUUUAAAGCCGAGAUGUUUGCUCGUGCAGUCUGCGUAUAUAACAACGGCGGGGAAAAGAACAACCUCAUCCUUCUACAGGGGGCGCUGCUGCUAGGCUUCUGGAACUCAGAUAUAGAGGAUCACAUGCAGCCAUGGCAGUGGAGCGGCCGAGCUAUUAAUCUGUGUCAUGUCCUCGGCCUCCACCGCGAUAUUGAUGCCAUUGGAUAUAACCCAUCCAUAACCGAACGACAGCGUUCACUAUUUCGGAGACUAUGGUGGACGUGCUUCUGGCGAGAUCGUUGGCUCUCCGUGUCACUGGGCAGGCCUUUGCGGAUCAAUCUUGACGAAUCUGACACUCCUGACCCGCUGGUUUCAGACAUUGCCGUGGACCUGGAGGGCAUACCAGAGUCUGUGACAUCGGCGUUUUUCCCUAGAGACCUGCCGCGAUUGGCAGAAUAUUGGAUUCAGUUGAUACAAAUGACGAAGUUGCUCGGCAAGACUCUCAUGACGUGCUACCAACUGCGACGGCCGAAGCCCACAAUCAAUGAGAUCGAUACUCUCGAGGCAGAGUUGAUGCGCUUCAAUAUGCCAGAACACCCAGAUCCGAUUCUAUCUCGAUUGGCGACGUUUUACUAUUACCAUUUACAGCUACACUACCAGGCCAUCUUAAUCACAUUUUACCGACCUUGUAGCGUAGAGGCUCCGUCAGAUCUUCCUUCUUACCGCCAGAGAGAAUGGCAGCAGGAAAUGCAGGGGAAAGCAAUGUCUGCUGCCUCAAAGACUUGCAACAUUGUCUAUGCACUCGCUCAGGGCAACUUCUUUUCGUUUGCCGGACCAAUGACGCCCACGCUUCUGGUCCCGGCAAUGCAAGUCUACCUUCUCAAUUGCAAAUUCGGCGACGCCCUCUCAAGGCGACUCGGCUUAAAUAUGCUGAACAUGUGCAUGAUGAUCUUGGAAGAGCUGCAAAAGACGUAUUCAGUCGCUUCCGUGUGCCGAGGUAUUUUCGGCAAGGCCAUCCAGCAGCUCUUCCCCGACGAUGCUGCUAGUAUCUCUUUAACCCACUCUCUUCCCGAGCAAGACGUGACGCCAGUAGCGGAGCUGAUGCCCCCUCCGAGCUCUAUUCCAGAUACUGCUCUUCAGUUGGAGCUCUUUGGUGCCAAUGUCACCAAGGCGGAUUUUAUUGAUGCCCUUACAGCUGAGGCAUCCAUUUUCAGUUUUGUCGAUAUGCUGAACUUUUCAUCAUGA